CAGCUAUCGGAACGAUCUCUUGUUGUUUUGCAGACCGUGGUGUGAGCGUACUGCGGCCCUCUGCGGGGAUUUGGGGUUUAACGAAUGUAAGAGGGGUGAUUAUUCCCGCGGUUGCCUUCCCCCGGACCGUAAUCUCAUCGACAUCACCACAUAACGCAUCUUGUAAGCAUCCCUCAAAACAAGCCCCAACGACUUCACCUCUCUCCUUUCCUCACAACCACAACCACAUCCUUCUGCCUUAUAUUUACACACAAUGUCUCAACCAGUAGGCGACAUCGGUCUGAUCGGCUUGGCCGUCAUGGGCCAAAACCUCAUCCUUAACAUGAACGACAAGGGCUUCACCGUUGUUGCUUACAACCGAACGACAAGCAAAGUCGACGCCUUCCUUGCUAACGAGGCAAAGGGUACCAAGAUCCAGGGCGCACACUCCGUUGAGGAGCUCGUUUCCAAGCUUAAGCGACCCCGUAAGAUCAUCCUUCUCGUGAAGGCUGGCCCUGCUGUCGACGACUUCAUCAGGCAGCUUGAGCCUCAUCUCGAGAAGGGUGAUAUUAUUAUUGACGGUGGUAACUCUCAUUACCCUGAUACUAUCCGUCGUAGCAAGGAACUUGAGUCCAAGGGUCUCCUUUUUGUUGGCUCUGGUGUCUCCGGUGGCGAGGAGGGUGCCCGUUACGGUCCCUCACUUAUGCCUGGAGGUUCGCCCGCCGCCUGGCCAGCCAUCAAGGAAAUUUUCCAGGCUACUGCCGCUCAGGUCAACGGCGAGCCUUGCUGUGAUUGGGUCGGUGAGGGAGGUGCUGGACACUACGUGAAGAUGGUCCACAAUGGUAUUGAAUAUGGUGACAUGCAGCUUAUUGCUGAGGCAUACGAUAUCCUCAAGCGUGGCCUUGGUCUCCACGAAGAUGAGAUUGCUGAUAUCUUCAACAACUGGAACAAGGGUGUUCUUGACUCAUUCCUGAUCGAGAUCACUGCCAACAUUCUCAAGUUCAAGGAUGACGAUGGCGAGCCCCUCGUCCCUAAAAUUCUUGAUCAAGCUGGACAGAAGGGUACCGGAAAGUGGACUGCCAUUGCAGCCCUUGACGCUGGCAUGCCUGUCACCCUUAUCGGUGAAGCCGUCUUUGCCCGUUGCUUGUCUUCCCUUAAGGAGGAGCGUAUACGUGCAAGCAAAGUCAUCGCUGGUCCUCAGAAGGAGGCCUUCAAGGGUGACAAGAAGCAAUUUAUCGAUGACCUCGAGCAGGCGCUCUACGCGUCCAAGAUCAUCUCCUACACUCAGGGCUUCAUGCUCAUGCGCCAAACCGCUAAGGAUCUUGGCUGGACCUUGAACUACGCUGGUAUCGCUCGUAUGUGGCGUGGAGGAUGCAUCAUCAAGAGUGUUUUCCUUGGUGACAUCGCCGCCGCCUACCAGAAGAAUAGCAACCUUGAGUCGUUGCUCUUCGACGACUUCUUCAACAAGGCUGCUCACAAAGCGCAGCCUGGCUGGAGGCGUAUCAUCGCGCAGGCCGUUCUCUGGGGUAUUCCCACCCCCGCCUUCUCCACUGCCCUUGCCUUCUUCGAUGGCUACAGAAGUGAGGUCGUCCCCGCCAACCUUCUCCAAGCACAGCGUGACUACUUUGGUGCACACACUUUCCGCGUCGUGCCCGGCAAGGAGAACACCAAGCUCAAGCUCGGUGAAGACAUCCGUACGUACCAUAAGCUCCCCUGUUUGCCCUUUCUAACCUGUUAUAUUGGUUAGACAUCAACUGGACCGGUCGUGGCGGUAACGUCUCUGCCUCUUCAUACAGUGCGUAAGGGCUUUGCGUUCCUUGUGUUCCGCGCGUUGUCUUUCUUGUAUCUAUCUGUGUCUCUGAGGGAAUGUAACAAAUAAGAAGGAAGUACGAAAAUGGGGUCGGUACGAUAGUUUGUAGAAGUCAUCAUAGAUCUCCAUCAAUGAAACAUACGCUUUCAACCUUACUGAGUAAGGCCUUCGAUGACCACUCGACUGCGUGGAAGUUGUAUUUCGCGGAGGAGGUUGUUUUUCAGCUUUUU